AGGAGUUGAUUCUUUGUUUAAUUUUAUGGUCCUUUAUAUUGAAACUUUUAAACACCUUUUCAUCCUUUACAUAAAUUAUCAUAUUGAUACCAUAUCUAAAAAAAAAAAUACUGGCUGCAUGUUGCUGGUCAUUCUGAAACUACAUCACUACUGUUUCCAAUGGCCAAAAUCCUGCAAUCAGACUAUGCAGGGGUCUCUCUUUGUUAGUACCUGGUAUUGACAAUUGUCAUUUAGAGGCACAGUUCAAAACCUGCAGUGGGCUAAGACAAGAGAGAUGCAGAAUAUUUUGGUGGUUCAAAACAGCUAGUGGGGGUCGAUAUUGAUAUUAUAAAUCUUAGGAUUUGAAAGGGUAUCAUGUGGAUGUGUUUGCUUGGAGAACUUUGACCUCAAUGUAGAUCCUUAUCUUCUGCCUAACUAAACGUCCUUUUGAGAACCAAAAGCAAUGAACUCUCCUUUAAAAUAGGAAGGGAAGUCAAAUUUCUAGUACAUAAAUUCUCCAUGAUCACUUGAGAAGCUCAUUUUAAGCAAAUCGCAUUUGCCUGCAAUAGUUUUGUUUUUGGGUCUGAGUAAUCUUCAACAUGAACCAAUCAGCCACAGAGGGGAAGGAGAAUACAGAAGCAAAAAGGGCCACGGAAGUGAGGGUGGACACGGUGGAUUACCGGUCUUUGGCAGGUGGAGGCCAAAAGCAGAAGAACGUGCAGGUCAUUCACCAGCCCAAUUCCUCUGGAAAUUCAACCACCAGCGGUGGUGUCUUGGCUGAUGCUGCUGCUGCUUUGGAAACUACUCUCCAAUCCACCAAGGAUGCCAUCUCUGGAAAUAGCGGCACAAUUCUUUGUAUAAAAUAUGAUAUGAAAAUUCUAUAGGUAUUUUUUUUUUUUUUAAAUCCUGCCUAUGGAUGGUUUAUAAUUUCAUUGAUUGGAUGG